CGUUCGCAGCAUCAGUACAAUUCAAGCAAGAGAACACAACACAUCAAAAGUGAGAGCUAAACGCGCAAAAAGUAUUCAAUUCAAAACGACUAUUACAAUUUAAGCACAGAGUGUGAAUUAAAUUAAUACGUGAGUGAGUUUAAAAAAAGUAAAAUUCGAAUUGAAUUUCUGUUUCAAGAAGAAAUAAAAACAAGUGAAAAUGUCCGCAAUCGGUAUUGACCUGGGUACCACGUACUCCUGCGUGGGAGUAUUCCAGCAUGGCAAAGUGGAAAUCAUUGCCAACGACCAAGGUAACCGGACAACACCCAGUUAUGUAGCCUUUUCCGACUCGGAGCGGUUGAUUGGUGAUGCUGCAAAGAACCAGGUUGCGAUGAAUCCACGCAACACAGUGUUUGAUGCUAAGCGAUUGAUUGGCCGCAAAUUCAACGAUCCGAAGAUUCAAGCUGACAUCAAGCAUUGGCCGUUCACCGUUGUCAACGAUUGCAGUAAACCGAAGAUCGAAGUCGAGUUCAAAGGUGAAAGGAAGCGGUUUGCACCGGAAGAGAUCAGUUCAAUGGUUCUGACGAAGAUGAAAGAAACGGCUGAAGCUUAUCUGGGACAAAGUGUUCGGAAUGCGGUCAUUACAGUCCCAGCUUAUUUCAACGAUUCUCAGAGACAAGCUACAAAGGAUGCUGGGGCUAUUGCCGGUUUGAAUGUAAUGCGAAUUAUUAAUGAACCGACGGCAGCUGCAUUGGCCUACGGAUUGGACAAGAACUUAAAGGGAGAGCGAAAUGUUUUGAUUUUUGACCUGGGUGGCGGAACAUUCGACGUUUCUAUCUUAACCAUUGAUGAAGGAUCAUUGUUCGAAGUGCGAUCCACUGCCGGAGAUACACAUCUGGGAGGAGAGGACUUUGAUAAUCGUAUGGUAUCACACUUCAUAGAUGAAUUUAAACGCAAAUUCAAGAAAGAUCCUUCGACGAAUCCACGAGCACUAAGACGAUUGAGAACGGCGUGCGAACGAGCCAAGCGUACAUUAUCAUCAAGCACCGAGGCUACAAUCGAGAUCGACGCUCUGGUAGAUGGAAUCGAUUACUACACAAAGAUUUCCCGAGCACGAUUUGAGGAACUUUGUUCGGAUUUGUUCCGCUCGACGCUGCAACCAGUGGAGAGAGCUCUUUCGGAUGCGAAGAUGGACAAGAGUGCAAUCCAGGAUAUUGUCCUAGUUGGCGGCUCAACACGAAUUCCAAAAGUCCAAUCGUUGCUUCAGAAUUUCUUCUGCGGAAAAUCGUUAAACUUGUCGAUCAACCCAGAUGAAGCGGUGGCUUAUGGUGCCGCAAUCCAGGCUGCUAUUCUCAACGGCGAUAAAGAUGAAAAGAUUCAAGAUGUGCUGCUUGUUGACGUGGCUCCACUUUCACUGGGAAUUGAAACCGCGGGAGGUGUGAUGACUAAACUAAUCGAACGGAACAGUAGAAUCCCGUGUAAACAGACGCAGACAUUCUCAACUUAUGCAGACAACCAACCUGGAGUAUCAAUUCAGGUGUUUGAAGGAGAACGAGCUAUGACCAAAGACAACAACCGUUUGGGACAGUUUGAUCUAUCAGGAAUCCCACCUGCUCCGAGAGGUGUUCCACAGAUCGAGGUCACAUUCGAUAUGGACGCAAAUGGAAUCCUUAACGUAUCAGCUAAGGAGAAGAGUACCGGUAAGGAGAAGAACAUCACGAUUAAGAAUGACAAAGGUCGACUCAGUCAGGCGGAUAUCGAUCGAAUGUUGUCGGAAGCUGAGAAGUUCCGCGAGGAAGAUGAAAAACAGCGAGAACGAAUCUCCGCCAGGAAUCAGCUCGAAGGUUAUUGCUUCCAACUGAAACAGUCGUUGGAGUCUGCCGGCGAAAAACUGAGCGAGUCGGACAAGAGCACCGUUCGAAACAAAUGUGACGAGACACUCCGAUGGCUGGACGGAAAUACGAUGGCUGAUAAGGACGAGUUCGAGCACAAAAUGCAGGAACUGAGCCGAGUUUGCAGUCCGAUCAUGACUCGGUUGCAUCAAGGCGCCGCUGGUGGUGCAGGUCCAGAAGGUGCAUCUAGCUGUGGGCAGCAAGCUGGUGGAUUCGGAGGGCGAACGGGGCCCACGGUAGAAGAGGUUGACUAAAAGAUUGAAAACAAAGCUUAAGUAGUUAUUUUGAAAAGACUGAUGAAUGAUUGAUGGCCAUAGUAUGAGUAGUGCUUCUUUUCGAGCAGAAAAUGAGUAUUAUUAAUAUUAAAUCUAGUAUGUUCCAAUGAUGAUUGAAUCAAUUAAUGUAAGCAAGUAGUAAAAUAAAUGAGUUAAG